AUUGAUACCGCGACGUGAUUAGCAGCUGGAUCAUUCCGGCGCACAGCAUCAGUGGCUUACGGGGGACCGCGGGCCGCGCCGGGUGGGCCGGGCCGGGGGAGCGAGCUAGCUAGCGUUGAGCUGCGCUGGUACUGUGCUUCCCGGUCGCGUCGUCGGAGUUCGGAGUAAAUUUAGGUUUCCAAGCGAAGAGCUGUUACAAGAUGCGCAUUUCACCUGUUCUUCUAUUCAUUAUGUGGUUUGGGUCAUGGAGGACUUGUGCAGGAAAGUUGAUACUUGCUGAUGUGACAAGCAACAAGCUUACGAGGCAACACGAUGGCAGCCUUGGUUUAUGGUCUUUUCAUGGAGUUGCAAAGAAAAGUCAUGCUAGCAAGACACAUUUCAUCUACAAUGCUGACCUUUUGACCUCUGAUGGCUCGCAUCAUAUAGACAUAGCAUCUUCGGUAUAUCCGAGCUUGGGUCUUACUUCUGAUCAUGAUCCUAUUUACCAGGAAUAUCUCAUUCUCCAAGCCAAGGUUGUGGGCAUGGAUGGUUUCAUGAUUGAGUGGGGAUACCAGAAUCAUUCAAGUGAUGAAGCUCUGAAGAGUUAUCUCACCCUAACCCAGAACAACGCUCCUUUUCAGCUUGCUGUAAAUUGGUGUGACCAUUGGUUAGCAUCAGAGUUAACAAAUAAAUCAUCACAAGAGGUGAUUAAUGUGUUUCAUCGUAAUCUACAAUACCUAAUCGACACCCUCUACAGCUCACCUGUGGGGUUAUAUCACCAUGGCAACCCGGUCAUCUUCUUGUUCGGAGGAGGGUUAACGUCGAGACAGUUCAGAGUCCUCCAGUCUAUGCCUCUUGACCUACCACCCGGUGCAAAGCCUCCUCUGUGGAUCGGAAGCUUCUUGAUUUUCGCUGCUACCCCAGCACUGUGGGAAGAGUGGGGUAGUCUAUUGAACGGCACAUUUGGCUGGUCCCCUCACGUAACGAGGCCCACUCCAGCAAAUAUGUCCGAGUGGGAUUUCUAUGGCACUGUGGAUGAUGCUGUCCAGUAUCAGAGAAAUGUCUCCCAAUUUGGAGAUGGCUGUUUACAUGGAGGUUGGUGUGUGCUGUGGUGUGGGUCAGCCUCUCCUGGUUUCGACAAUAGAGGGUGUGCUGCAUGGGGUGAUGAACUACGAUACCUGCCUCGGCUUGAUAUGAGCAACCAUUCCAGAUCCACGUAUAAUGCACAGUGGGAUUAUCACAUCAGUAGUAAAACAUCGGCAGAGUGCAUCAUUAUACCAACCAUGAACGACUUCCCUGAGGCUACUCCAAUCAUUGAUGUGAAUUCAUCUGUAUCAAGCCUGCACAGUACAUUGAUGUAUGCCGGUCAAUGGAAGAAUGCCACCUACGAUCCCAGAGGACUUGUACUAUGCCCCGUAUGGUAUCGGUUGUACAAAGAGAUGCAGUUUUAUAACAGGACACCAGGGAUUAAUGUAAAAACCAUUGAGGAUUCACUUCAAGCUGCCAAAUUGGCAAUAAGCCAGGGAACACAAUCUUCACUGUCUAAAUCUUCCAUUCUGAUUCAAAAUGCAAAAGAUCUCCUUGUGUCGCUGCUCAAAUCAAACAUCACAUCAGAAGACAUCCUGAUACCGGUACCAAGCUCCACCAUGUCUUUCUCCCUUCCACCGGUGAUAGAGAAUGGAUCAUAUAUCAUCAAUGAAACCAGUCAAAUUUACCUUCACAUGGGUGAGGAGACGGCAUCAAGAUUAAGGCUAAACAACUUCAAGGGCUUGCUUAGGUUUCAGUACCAGCCACUUUUACCAGGCCUUAGCUACAUGAGAGUGAAGUCCUCCAGUGUGACACACAAAUUAGACCCAGCUCAUGAGUAUACAUUCUACUCUAAGGGACUGGGGAAGGAGGCUAGGUGUUUCAAGCACACAGUAAAGCCAGAUAGAUCUGAAGUGUGCAAGAUACAUGUUAAUGGAACUACCAGCGGUUCCUGGCAGAAUGCAACCAUAGCCAUGUACAAAGAGAACACAUCUUGGGAUCAUUCAGAGUCGUAUAAAUCGGAUCUUGUCUUCGCCUCCAUUGGAUCAUUUGCUAUCAGAAAUGUAUCCCUUCGAUUUACAAUCUUCUCGAAAAGAUAAUGAUGGGGUUUCUUCCAAUUUUCAUAUAUUCUGUAAAUAUUGAUCUUCCAAGAAGAUAAUAGUUUUUAUUUUGCUAUGUCAAAGCAGGUAAUGAAUAAUGUGUCAAAUUUAUUUAACUACUUUAUUCGAUCUGAAAUCAAAGCUGCCAAAUAAUAUGUUUUAAUGAUAUUAGUAUUUUUUUCAUAAUUAAAAGUGACAAAAUAUGAUUUUUUAUUGCAAAAUAUGUUUUUUGUUAAAUUUGAUUAGCAUGCUUUAUAUGUGUAAUUUAUCAAUUUUUGUACCAAAAUAUGAUUUUAAUUAUGGAUCAGUAUGUUUUUUGCUCAACAGAGGUUGGCAGCUCUGUGAAAGAGUCUAUACCAUAUGUUUUGUAACAAACAAAUAAUAUAGAUAUAUUUAUUUAUAAAUCUUA